CAAUGAAGAGAAGAAUAUGUAUGUAUACGAUGUGAGCUUUCGGGUCAAAUGAAGAGAUGCCUGAAGAAAGGAAAUACCACCUCAGCGACGAAGAACUACGGCAGUUGAAUGCCAUUAACGACCCGAUUGUUAUGAGGUUGGCUCCAGCCAUGAUAUUCAUGGGGAUGCUCAUGUUCAUUGGAAUAGUGGGUAACUCCACCGUCAUCUUUGUGUUUAUAUACAGAGUCCAAAAAUCAGUUCAGCGCGUGCUGUUAAUCUACCUGGCCGUGUUUGACCUCCUGACCUGCAUGCUCUCCAUGCCCUUUGAGAUUCACGACAUGCUUCACUAUUACACCUUCCAAGGGGAAGAACUUUGCAAAAGCUUCAGGUUUGUCGUCAUCUUCUUCACCUUGGGUUCUAGCUGCACCCUUCUGGCCAUCGCCUACUUCCGGUAUCGCACGUUCUGCAAGCCCCAGGGGCGCGCCCCCUCCGUCAAGCAGGCGCAGUGGUCCUUCGUCCUGUUGGUCUUCGGUUCCGCGAUUUUCUCCUGGCCGGCGCCCAUUCUCUACGGCAUCAGGACCAAGCCGACUAUAGUGCCGAACCUGUGCUCACAAGAUUGUACAUUCUCCGAUCACUUUGCAGGCACAAUGUGGCCCGCGGUGUAUACGUUGUGUUUAUUUGUUGCCUUUGUGUUAGAGGUUAUUAUCUUGAGCGUGUUCUAUACAAAAAUACUGGCAGUGCUUCGUAAACACGAUUCCAGAAUCAACAUAGCCGUAGGUAUGAAUUACCUCACUUCAGUAGAAAAAGAACAGAGCAGUCCAGGCAAAGAAGUGAGUACUCGUACAUUGAAAUUUAAUUUGGAAAAUGAGAACAACCAUUCGCAACUGUUUUCUGUGGUUGUCGAGGAUGAUAUCUCUAAAAGGGCGGCGAACCAAAAUGCAGAAAACCUACCGGAAAAUGGAUCACCAUCGAAAGUAAAAAUGAACGAAAACAGCGGGGCAGCGGCAUCGAUGUCUGAUAUAUUUAAAGUUGGUGUGAUACGGGAUUUUAAAAUUCCAUUAAGCGGAAGAAGACAAUCUAGUGAAACAGUUCCAAAAGUCGUGAAACUAUUGCCAAACAUUCCCCAGGAAAAUCUUAAACCUCCGCCUCCUUUGGGCUCUACGCUUGAAACUCCAAACUAUCCUGCGGUGAAGGCCUCCCCUACUAAACAAAAACCAAAGCGAGUUUCCAAGAACGCAACUCGCGUUGUCGUAGCUGUGAGCAUCGCGUAUAUAUUGAGUUACCUCCCUCACCUAAUUUACCAAGUAACCAAGAUCUUGGUUGAACUCGACGAACAGGGGCCGUACAUGGGCGUGUAUAACAUCAUCGUGCGCUCGUUUUUCCUUAGCUCGGUCAUCAACCCUAUCAUCUACACAGUGGUUAGAGGCGAAUACCGAGAAGUGAUGGCUGAUUUUUUCUCAAGGUGUUGGCAAAUUUCAAGGUGCAAAAAACCAAAGACAAGUGUUCGUUACAGGCCAAAUAAUGAAGAGACCAGUUCUACCGCCCGAAGUUGA